GGAGCUUGGUGACGCUUAGAGCCGGGCGGGGCGAGAAGAAGUCAUGCCAGGGCUGAGGGUCUCGAGCUCCUGCGCGUCUACGUGGAGCCGGUGGAGCAGCCGCUGCCUCUCUGGUCGCUUUCCCCGAGCCAGGAGCUUGUGCUGAAAGACAUUUCCAAAGUGCCUUGUGUCAGCCUCCAACUCUGACCUACACAGCCUGGAAAGGAGUCACUGUUAGCCUGUGGAGGGGUGACCUGAACCAGUUCAGUGUCUGGGACCUACGGUGAACUUGAUCUCCAUGGCACACCGGCUGCAGAUACGUCUACUGACAUGGGAUAUGAAGGAUACCCUGAUCAAGCUCCGCCGUCCUGUUGGGGAGGAAUAUGCCAGCAAAGCCCGGGCCCAUGGGCUGGUGGUGGAAGCCGCAGCCCUGGAACAAGCCUUCCGGCAGGCAUACAAGGCUCAGAACCAUAGCUUUCCCAACUAUGGCCAGAGCAGUGGCCUUACUUCCCGUCAAUGGUGGAUGGACGUGGUCCUACACACCUUCCGCCUAGCAGGGGUCCCAGAUGCCCAGGCCAUUACUCCCAUUGCUGAUCACCUAUAUGAAGACUUCAGCAGCCCCUCCACCUGGCAGGUAUUGGAGGGGGCUGAGACUACCCUGAAGGGGUGCCGUAAGCGUGGUCUGAGGCUGGCCGCGAUCUCCAAUUUUGACCGGCGACUAGAGGAUAUCCUAGUAGGCCUUGGCCUGCGAGACCAUUUUGAGUUUGUUUUGACCUCUGAGGCUGUGGGCUGUUCUAAACCAGACUCCCGCAUUUUCCGUGAGGCCUUGCAGCUCGCUUGUAUAGAACCUGCGGUAGCAGCUCAUGUUGGGGAUAGCUACCGCUGUGAUUACCAGGGGGCUCGGGCUGUGGGCAUGCACAGCUUCCUGGUGGAAGGCCCAGAGCCUUUGGACUCCUCAGUCAGAAAUUCUAUACCUAAAGAACAUAUUCUGCCCUCCCUGUCCCAUCUCCUGCCUGCCCUUGAUCUUCUGGAGGCCUCAAGCCCUGUGCCGUGAGUCUGAUGAUGGAAGUAGUUGGGACCAAAUAAACAUUGGAAGCAGGGAGUCCCCUCUUUCUCCCUCUCCUGCAGAGGGAGAUGCCUUGGCCUUCCCUCUGCAGCCUCCAUAAACUCUCCUGGUCAUGGAACAAGGGCUUGGCAGUA